AUGGCAAGCAAAGGUCCUAAAAAACACACAAUGCUGCACAAGUUCCAGAUGAGAAGGGAUGGUCUGAACCAACCAUGUGACAUUCAUAACCAAGGCCAGGGCACCAACUUCCUUCAAGAUACCGGGACGCAAGUCAAGAACAUGGCACAAGGAGCAGCAGACAUAGGCAAAGGAGCAGCACAAGGGGCCGUGAACCUAGCACGGGAAGCAGCAGCCGGAGCAGCAAAUAUGACAUCUGGAGCAGCCGAUGCAGUGAAAAACACUCUCGGCAUGAACUCUGCAGACAACACCACCAACUGCCCUGGCAACAUCGGUGGCGCAGAUGGUUCAAACAACCCAACAAGCACAGACCAACCAAGCAACCCUAGUACAAGGAUUUGA